AAAAAUCGUGGGUCCCCCGCGCCCGUCGAUUGUGCUCGCGACUGAAGUGACCCCCCCUGUUCCCCGUCGCGCGUAGCAGAUCUUGCCAGCACCCGGCACAUGGCCGUUCUCGCUCCCCAAGACUGGCAUCCCCCGAGAGACACGACCAUGGACUCGCCAUCAUCCAGCAGCGCCAACCCAUCCGUUCCCCGCCAACGAUCGUCGCCAGCCAACGACCAUCUCCCCUCCCCGGCCUCCUCAGGACAGCCGCAACAACCCUACCCUUACCCUGUCCAACACCAGCAACAGCCAGGAUGGACGCCAUCUCCUUCGGCCCAGCCGUUCUACCCCCAAUUUUACCAAAAUCCUCAGCAGCCCUAUCCGAUGCAUAUGCCACCUCAAGGCCAGAUACCGGGCCAGAACCCCUUCUACGAUCCUGCGGCCAACGCCCAGUUCGCCCAGUGGGCUUAUCAUCAGAUGAUGUUCAACGCGCAGCAAGGAGGACAACCUAUGGGUGGCUACCCCCAACACCCCUCUCCCGCCGGUAGCCAGCGAGGUCGGACCGGAAGCACGAGCUCCCAUGGCGCCCAUGGCGACUACUUUGGUGGUCAAGGACCCGUCUUCACGCCCUAUCCCAACGGAGCGCCGCCAGGCGCGAUACAGGGCGGACCCGGGUUCACCCCCAACCAAGGCGGUCCGCAGCACCAACAGCAAUACGGCGGCUUCCAUCCGUAUCGCCGACCGACCCGGCAGGGCUCUCAACAGCAAGAGGCUGGUCAAGGCAUUGGAGAAUGGCGCGCGGCAGGGGGCACUCCGGGCCCGCCGGGAACGUUCCAGCCGCCGUAUGCUAGGACGGAUGCCGCAAGCUCCUCUUCCUCUGUCAAUUCCACAGGGAGCGCACAUCGACAACGCACGAACAGUCAUCAGGGGCGGGCGGGCUCGCCCUCGCUGCCGCCCCAGCACCAGCAACAGAACGGGUCGUCCUCGCCUGCGGGCCGCGCGACGCAGCGCACGGCCUCGCCUCCCGUCGUCACUUCGAACGCGGCAACCAAGGCACCCUCGGGCCCGGGCACGAUCAAUACCUCCGUACCUUCACCCUCUUCACAGAAACCUCCCGCGGCCCACGCGCGCACCUCUUCGACGUCAUCCGCCACCUCUUCGGCCUCGCGACCGUCUGCUUCUGCCGUCUCGACACCGACCUCCCUUGCGCCUGCCACGGCUGGCCCGACCACGCGCAAGCCCUCGCCGCUCUCCCAAGGAAGCAUGAGCGUCGCCGAGAAGCGCAUGUCGCGCGACGACAGCGAUCUGCAAACGAUGAUGGAGCCGAUGGGCUCGGGCGUGCGCGGCGCGGGCCUCAAGGGUCGCCUCCGGCGUGCGCUUGGCGUAACUGCACCGUUGAAGGAGGAGGACGAGGAUAUGGUGCUGCCCGGGAAGGGCAAGGGACCGUCGAAAAUGACACAGUCGAACUCAGCGCCGGGGGGAGUCGGAGGCGACGCCGACGAUUCGGCGUCGAACGCGACCGUCCAGGACAAGAAGAAGAAGAACAAGCUCUUCAACUCGAGGUUCAAUCGCUCGACGGACAACAUUUCGAUCUCGUCCGUGUCGUCCUCGGCGUCGGUCAUGAUCCGCAAGCUCGGCUCGCUGGGCAAGAUCGCGAGGAGGAAUUCGAUCGCGGGCAUCACUUCGCUUUUCAAGGACAAAAAGGACAAGGAGGAGGAGGAGGAGGCCGGGGACGGCAAAAAGGGCAAAAAAUCGAAGAAGGGCAAGGCGUCCGCCGCGCCUGCGAGCGUUUCGCAUGUUACUGCGGAACUCGACCGUUCGGAGGACUGGACCAUCGACGAGGAGGGCUUGACUCCCGCCGCUCGCCUCAUCAGGCAGCACACGCUCAAGGAGGAGGCCAAAAAGAAGCAGGAGCAGGCUGCUGCCGCCGCCGCUGCCGCGGAGGGCAAAGAUCUGCCGUCAACAUGGGAGAAGAACACGGCGACGAGGCAGGGCGAGCAGAGUCCGGCGGCGAGGCAGAGCGGCAGCAUACGCGUGGGCGAGAACGGGCAGCGUGUGCUGGUGGAGGACGAUGACUCUGCGAGUGAGGAUGGCGAUGACUACUCGCACCCGGGUCAUUACAAUGCGGAUGCGUGGGACGACGAUGGCAGCUGGGACCACGGUGAGGAGGAUGUCACGGUGAGGCAAGAUAUCGGCCAGGGUCGUGAUGACGACGAGGUCGACGAGUCGUGGGCGGUGGGUCUGCGCCGGAGUGUUGAGCGUUCGCGAACGCCCGCGAAGGGGAUAUUGAAGAAUGCAAAGGCAUACGAUCAACACCUGUUUCUUGAUCAACGUGCUUUCAACGAACGGACGAACCAGCCGGCGAGGCCGCGCUCGUAUUCCGAAACACACCCAGAAGGAUCACAACCACCCCAGCCUGGACCCCUUUCUCACAUUCCCGACAAGGACCCCGACGACAUCGAUGGCCUGCACCGACAUAAUUCACAAUCUUCUGCACACGGUAAUGGCAAGCACGAAUCUGGGGCCUCCAUCCCGCGUCUCCCGCACUUCACAUUCGAGUCGCCCGACGAGGCCGAGGAAAACGCGGAGCCUCAUGGCUCUGCGCCGGCGGACAAGGCAUCGUUAUACAAUCACCCCAACUCCUCGGCACCUGCGUUGUCGACCAUGCACGCGCCGACGCAUCCUCCCCUCAAUCACCGGUCCGCCACUGUGCCGCCGCCGAAGAAGAUCUCGUUCGCGUCGAACCUGUCGAUCUACGACACAUUCUCCCCGGCGGUCUACGACCGGCGCAGCGAACCUGCGACAUGGAGCCGCUUGACGCCGGCGCUGGCCCAGAGGAUCAAGGAGGAGCUCAACUCCUACAAGAUGGAGGAAAUGGAGGUACAUGCCGCGAGCCGAAUCCACACCCAGUUUUUCGUGUGAUUCGAUCGCUAUCAUGGUCCUUUUCCUCGGUCAAGCCGCACGACUUAUCACGACUACCUUUGCCCAUAAUCAAUAUCGCCAUCUAGAACGCUGAUCGGUGGUUCAUUAGUCAAUCAUACAAUCUCCCGUCCGCACCACCCAAUUACAGUCGGAAUGCACAUUCAUUCCCUCGAGUUCGCUUCAUCCAACAAAGACCCCCACCCCGUAUCUCUCAUAACGCUCCGCCACCGAUACCCCCUCACUUGUACUCUAUCUGCCGCGGUGUACCGUGCAUCCCACUCAUCCCACUCAUCCUCUC